AUGGCCCGAUUCGCAAAAUAUUUUGCCAGAUUUGUUGCAAAAGAAAUGAUACGAGACAUAGCCAGAGAAGAAGAAAGAGGCGGCGCAUUUGAACCAUUACAAUUCCACAAGAUUUAUAUUCAUCGAUAUGAAAAUGUAUCAAUAUUUGCCGAUAUCAAAGGAUUUACUGAAUUAGCAAGUAGAUGCAGUCCGCAAGAGCUUGUAAGAAUUCUAAAUGAUUUAUUUGCAAGAUUUGAUAAAUUGGCUACAGAAAAUCAUUGUCUUCGUAUAAAACUACUAGGAGAUUGUUAUUAUUGUGUUUCUGGUCUUCCGACGGCCCGAGGCGAUCACGCUGUAUGCUGCGUCGAAAUGGGUCUUCAUAUGAUUAAAGCCAUCAGGGAUGUCAGGCAUCGAACCCAGGUAGAUCUCAACAUGCGGAUAGGAAUACACAGCGGGUCUGUGUUAUGUGGGGUCCUUGGAUUGCGAAAAUGGCAGUUCGAUGUUUGGUCUUACGACGUAACUCUAGCCAAUCAUAUGGAAAGUGGCGGUGUACCUGGUCGCGUUCACAUAUCAGCAGCAACAUUAGCUUGUCUGAAUGGGGUAUAUGAAGUUGAACCAGGUGAAGGAGAGUCAAGAGAUCCUUAUUUAAGAGAGCAUGGUGUUCAAACAUAUCUAAUUAAGCAAGCUGAACCAUUGAGGCCGCGCAGAAGACUUGUGUCAAGACCUAGGCUAUGGUCAGAAGACGAAAGGCCAUCCGUGUGUGCCAGCAACUCUGAAAUGAUGGAUAAGGUUCCAGAACGCACAAUGCCUAGGAAAACAAGGGCGGCAUCUGCUUCAGUUGAUGAAGAAAUUACAACUGACUGGAUUCCCGAAAUUCCAUUUGAAAACCUAAAUACUUCAGCUACUGGUGAAUUAGAUGAUGACUUUUUAGAUCACAAUGCUUCCUAUAGAGGUAAACCACCACCUUCUACUGAUUCUAGAAAUGUAUCACUCAGCAUGACUGAGCAGGUCGAUGACAUCAUAGAUCAUAGUAUUGAAAUAGAAAGCAAUAAAAGAAUGAGAAAUGAUAAUGUAAAUCCAUGGACAUUGAAUUUCAAAGAUGGUUCUCUGGAAGGAAAAUUCUGCCAAGUACGCGAAGACAUGUUCAAAUCGAACAUGUUAUGUUGUUUCAUAGUUUGGGUCUUCGUCGUGAUGUGCCAAGCGAUAAUUCUUCCAAGCUGUACUGCUUUAGUGAUAAGUCUGACAGCCACUACCUUUUUGUUGACAUGUGCAUCUGUUCUGGUAAUGGCAGAAGAGUUUCACCAACUUCCAAAAAAUUUGCAAAAAACUUCUUCUAUGUUAGUUCAUAACAGAAUGUCGCGAACAACUUUUAUUUGCGUCAUCGUGAUCCUAAUGUCUGCUGCAAGCUCUAUAAGCUUGUUAUUAUGCCAAAUGCCAGUUGUAGACGAGUAUGAUGACGAAUUACAAACUGCUAUUACUGCAACCACCAAAAGCCAUCACGAUUCUUCGGAAAAUACACAAUUAGUUGUAGGUUUGAAUGAGGUUUCAUUAGUACAGCCUCUAUACUUAAUCGCAGUUGGUCCAUUGACACAGAACAAAAAUAUCACUAAACCUCUAAUAAACGAAAUUCAAAAUGAGCUUCCUAUUAUACAAACAGAUACCGUCGUAAAAAAUAAUUCCAAUGUUGUGAAUAUUUUUGUUACUGCAACAAUACAUCAUAAUAUCACUAUAAAUAGUGAUGAUCCCAAAACUGCUAAUUGCACUGAUGAUUGUAUCAAACAAUUGGUAUUAGAUCAAACAUUGAAUUUUACUAAUUCUAAUCUUCUAGAGCAAUCACUAAAUUUAACUAACCCUCCUCAAAUUGAAAAUAAGAGGCGAAAAAGAUUUGAUAUUGAAUUUACUGAUGUUGAAGCUAUUAAGGAGAGUAACAGAAAAUUAGCAAUGCGCCAAGAAGCAGAAAUGGUGCAACAAAAGCAACAAGAAGCGCCGACUAUGGAUGAUGAGGAUGAUGAAGAACCAGAAAUUUUACCAAGAGAAUGCAUUCAUCCAGAAUAUGUGGUAUUUACGUGGGUUUUAUGCUUGGUAGUUUUAGCAACCGCCUUGAAAUUGUAUUAUUUAGUGAAAACUUGUUUGGCAAUUAUAAUGGUAACCGUGUAUACCCUCCUGAUCAUGUUGGCGUACCCCGAUGCAUUUCAUGACCCGGUACUGGAAAGAAAAAUGGGAAUGUCGCUCUCUGCUCAGAUGUUGAUUCUGUUGGCUGUCUUUUUGGUGAUGGUUACUUACCAUGCCCGCCUAGUUGAAGUGACCUCAAGAUUAGACUUCUUGUGGAAGCAGCAAGCAGAACGAGAACUUGCAGAUAUGGUUGACACAAGACAUAAUAAUACACAGCUGCUUAAGAAUAUUUUGCCGGAUCAUGUUGCUCAUCACUUUCUUUCGGAAGAUAGACAGCCUGAUGAACUGUAUUCUCAAUGGCGAGCGGACGUCGGAGUCAUGUUUGCGAGUAUUCCAAAUUUCACUGAGUUUUAUUCUGAGGAUAUUAAUAAAGGAAUGGAAUGUAUACGAUUGCUCAAUGAAAUUAUUGCGGAUUUUGAUGAAUUGUUGGACGAAGCACGAUUCAAACCCAUCGAGAAAAUAAAGACCGUAGGCGCAACCUACAUGGCUGCUUCAGGGUUAAAUCCAACACAGGGUUGUGUCGAUGAACUGGAGCACGUAUGCGCUCUUGUGGACUUUGCGAUCGCCAUGCGCCAUCGUCUGGAUGACGUUAACACCCAUUCAUUCAACCACUUCCGACUCCGGGUUGGUUUGAGUUGUGGCUCUCUGGUCGGUGGUGUCAUUGGUGCCCGCAAACCAGUCUACGACAUUUGGGGCAAUACUGUGAACGAGGCAUCGAGAAUGGAUUCAACGGGAGCAAUGGGUUGCAUCCAAGUACCUCGUUAUACGGCUGAUGUUCUGUCAGCUCGGGGGUACCAAGUUCAAUCUCGGGGUCUCAUCGAAGUAAAAGGUAAAGGAAAAAUGGAAACGUUCUGGGUCCUCGGUCGCAAGAGUACAAGACCGCCUCCAUUCCAAAGACAACCAAGCCAAGUCCAUUCUUUGGCAGCUGUCGUUUAUGGUAUGGUGCAGGCCAGAAGAAAGCAGACCAGCGCUGCAAAUUUGGCAGCAUCUGCUCGGGCUAAGAUUAACAGUGCAAAUGAACAAAAACGAAAAGAUGAAGAAGCAAACAAGCAAGACAAAAAAAGCAACAAAGGCGGUUUCGGAGGCAGAAGGGUCGCCAAUUUUAGUUCGAUGCGAAUUUCACAGCAUACACCUUCGAAUCCUGUACGAAGAAAUACAACUAGAGCACACCAAAGAAAUAAUUAUGCUAGGUCACAGCCAAACGUCCGCAUGGAAUCUCCUGUGCAAGGAAAUGGGAAAUCCAUAACAAGUGAAGGCACAACAGCCGAAAGUGCGGCUGCCGCCCAGUCGCCGUCCUCCGGUAUCAGAGCGCCCGCUUCCGCGCCGCAUACACCAAGCGCCAAUUCGGAUUCGAACCGAUUUCCACGCCUUUUAUCGGAACCAAUCGUCUCCCGCACCAGUAGCGCUGUGAGCAACAUGGGAAGUGAAGUGAUAAAUGCGGUUACUGAAAGUACGAACAUUUAG